AUGUCGACAACACACACAGUGAGCCUGCUACAAUGGCAGCAAACGUACGAUCUCUUCACUGAGCAUGUCGACAACACACAUAGUGAGCCUGCUACCAAAUGGCAUUCAACACAUUCAAUUCUUUCCCUACCUCCCUAUCAAACCUACCAAUCGACAAAGACAAAGGAUGGAAUGGAGGAUGGACUUGAUGGCAAGAGCAUGGGAGAUAUAGGGCAAAUCUACAGUGAAGCUCUCAGGCCAGGCUGCCAAAAGGUGUUGGAGGUGAAUGCAUGCGUUGGAUUUUCUUCAAUUCUACCGAUGGACUUGAUGGCAAGAGCAUGGGAGACGCAGGGCAAAUCUACAGUGAAGCUCCCAGGCCAGGCUGCCAGUAGGUGUUGA